UGGACAUUUUUCCUAGAUUUUUUUUUAUUUCAAAGGGUUAAGAAUUCGUGCUUUUUUGUAUGCAGUCUUUUCUAAACCUCUUACCUCCAACCUAAAGACUCUGUUGCUGCUUUGGUCUCCUCUUUCUCCCCUAAUCUUUGCCCUCCUCCUCCUCCUCCUCCUCCUCCCUGUCAGGUGGAGGAAAAUCGCAGCAGUUUGUUCUUCUUCCUCCUUUUCCUCCGUUUCUUCCCCAUGACUCCUAACUGGUUUCUUAACAUCACCUGUCCCGUCCUCAACAUCCCCAUGCCCAUUUUCUUCUUCUCUGUCUUCAUAGGUUUGAUCCCCUACAACUUCAUCUGCGUGCGCACGGGCUCCAUCCUGUCCGAGAUCUCGUCCCUGGACGACAUCUUCUCGUGGGGGACGCUGGCUCAGCUGCUGGCCAUCGCGCUCAUGGCGCUGCUCCCCGGAGCGCUCAUCAAGCGCUACGGCCGAGCUCACCUCAAGGUGGACGGCAUGGACCUCAACGGGCCGAGCCAGGCUGGCGGCCCGCCGGACGGAGAGCAGGACCGGAAGAGACGGUGAUUCCGGGAGGAAAGAGGACCGAAAAAACCAGAAACGGAACGAAGCCCUCUCCCUCUCCGCGGGGAGCUCGUGACCUUUUGUGCUCCUCAGCCUCGUGAUUUCUGUAAGGUCACACCGAUGCUCGUCAUGCUGCAAGUAUGAUCCGCUCUGGAAGUCUGGAAACGUCUCGAGGUCGCGUUACAGCCAAAACACGGCGCGGGAAAUCUGCAGAGAAGAUGCGAGAAAGUGCGCAGAGAAACUCACACCUCCAGGUCUCUCUGUUUCUGCACGCGCACAACGCAGGCGAUCAAAACCAGCAUGCACGAGGGACGCGGUAACGCCUGCACACUGAGUCCACGCCGGACGAGUUUGUUUAACCCCUUGAAACCUGGAUCGUCAUCAGUUGCCUUGCACUGCGCUGAGAUGCCUUUCACAAGCUUUUUAACCCUUGAGACCUGAGCGAAUCGCUUUAUUUUUUAUUUUUAUUUUUUUGGAUAAACAUGAAGAAGAAGGCAAAAGACAUGUUUCGAGAGAUUGAUUUAGAAAAUAGUUUUUCAAAGCUAGAGGAAACGUCUCAGAAAAA